AUGGCGAAAAAUACCACUGCCAUGGAAACAAUGCAUACCAGUACUGGCAUCAAACAAACGCCGCCGCUACAGGUAACUGAGCAGGGUGAAAAAGAACGUAGAUUCUCUUUCUCCUUGACAUCCUCCUCGACCCUGAUCGGCAUGCGCACGAAGCGGAAGAAGACGAAGACGGUGGGGCAUGAGAGUCACUGGCAGAAGGAGUACAAGGAGCGGAAGCGAUGGAACUGGCUGGACCUGAGCGCCACUCCGCGGCGCCCGCUGUGGGCCUUGGAGUCUGAGGAGGCCCACUUGGCCAGGAGGCCGACAAGGAGGAAGGCGGAUGGGAGUCCGGAUACGUCGACGGGCGCGCUCGAGAGGCCAGCUCCUGACCAUCACCUUCACAAAUAUCCAGCAGCCGAGCAAAAAGGUCUCGUUCUCGGCCCUUGUCCAUCCACCAACGGGGCCCGGCGGCCACCCGGCGAAUUUUGUGUCUUCGAAUAUCUAUCUCAGACCGCCGCCGUCGACCUUCACCCCGCUUGCGCUGCACGAACUAUGCAUGUCCGUGGUCCCCUGCUGGUCAACAACCUGAAGGCCGCCGGCGUCAACAAGCCCGCUCCCAGAAUUUCUCCCUGA